AACAUAAAGCAAACAAGUUCAAGAUUAACAAGCUGGAAGUGGGCAAUUGAAGUAUUCAAAUGUCAACAACCCAGCUGAGGAGUUGUGAGCAAUGGGCUAGUGGUAUUUCUCAUGGAAUAGAGCUCUACGUGUUCGAUUGUAAUCCUGAAAGGGCUCUUAUUACAGUCAUAAAGCACAAGAAAGAUGCACUUUAUAGUGAAGGGGUGAGAUGUGAGGAGAAGUCAUCAGAUGGAUGAUGACAACCACAACACUUCAAAUGGUUUGCCAGAAUCUGAGACUUGUUAAAUUGGCACAACUUUAAUGGCCCCUACUAGUACUAGAGCCACUUACCAAGAGACAACCAUACGCACCUAUAUGCUGUAUCAGCAGCCACUAUUAUAUUAGAUACCAUGCCCUUUGGGGCCUCUCUUGUUGUUGCUUGUUGGGUCCUCCCUUUUCAAUGCUCACAGUUUAUGAGGGCCAUGAUUCAAAGCAAACAAACAAACAAAACGACAGAGAACAGUUAAUAUAAUCAGAUGUUAGAAUUUUCCAUGUUCAGCCCAAUUACAACAGGUCGGUCGUUUUGUGGUCCAAUUCUCCAAUGUACAUCUACUGACGAGACUGAAGAAAUUUUUACUGCAGAAGCACUAUUCUUAUCCUUUGUGUGUUUCUGGGUUAAUAUAGUGGGAUCAGAUGUACAUCUGAUUCUUCUGAUUCUGAGAGCUAAUAAUAAUGAAACCAAUCAACUAAGCUUCAAGUUCUCAUUAAUUUGUUAAUUUACUAAAUUUUUCGUCUUCACUUUUUUUUUUUCUUGUUCAUGAUAUGCUUUUAGUAUUCCUGGUUCUGCAGAUAUCUGAGCGCCACACAGAUGUUAGCUAGGUUCCCAUGAAACUUUACCUCUAGUUGUGUAAGCUUGGAACUACCAAGUAGCACUCGUUAGCUUUCACUGAUUUAGUCAUCUCCAAAUUUUACUGCCAUGGCUCCUGUACCCAGUUCUCCUAUCAAGGUUGGUCAUAUUGAUGAUGUUCAGGAACUGAGAAAGGCUAAGCCAAAAACAAUCCCUGAAAGAUUUGUCAGGGAUAUGAAUGAAGGGCCAACACUAGCCAUAGCUUUACCUUCUCUGAGUGACAUACCUAUCAUUAAUUUCUCAAGGCUUGUGAAUGGCAGUAAAGAUGAUUACCAAACUGAAAGUUUGCAGCUUGCAAGAGCCUGUAAGGAGUGGGGAUUUUUUCAGGUGAUUAACCAUGGAAUUAAUCUGAGUUUGAUUGAGAGCAUAGAGGAGGUGGCCAAGAAUUUUUUCAUGCUACCUUUAGAGGAGAAGCAGAAGUAUCCCAUGGCACCAGGAACUGUUCAGGGAUAUGGACAAGCCUUUGUGUUCUCUGAGGACCAAAAUCUGGACUGGUGCAACAUGUUUGCUCUUGGAAUUGAGCCUCCCUAUAUAAGGAACCCGAAACUAUGGCCAAUAAAGCCAACAAAGUUCGGUGAAACUGUUGACGUUUAUUCAAGAGAAGUGAGGAAGCUGUGCCAGAAUCUAUUGAAGUACAUAGCCAUGACCCUUGGCUUGAAAGCAGAUAUUUUUGAAGAAAUGUUUGGAGUUGCUGUGCAAGCUAUAAGGAUGAACUACUGCCCACCAUGUUCAAGACAUGACCUUGUUCUAGGCCUAAGCCCACAUUCAGAUGGGAGUGCCCUAACAGUGCUGCAGCAAGGAAAUGGUAGCUCAGUAGGACUUCAAAUCCUUAAAGACAACAAGUGGGCACCUGUUCAGCCCAUUUCAAAUGCAUUAGUAAUCAACAUUGGUGACACUUUGGAAGUUCUAACAAAUGGAAAAUACAAGAGUGUGGAACACAGGGCAGUGACUCAUAAGGAAAAAGACCGUCUCUCUAUUGUCACUUUCUAUGCUCCAAGCUAUGAAAUAGAACUCGGACCAAUGCCAGAACUGGUGGAUGAGAACAACCCUUGUAACUAUAGGAGACACACUCAUCGAGAAUACAACAAACACUGUAACUAACAAGUAGCAGGGAAAGAAAACCCUGGAAUUUGCCAAGAUUAAACGCAACAGAUCUACUUUAUAGUUUUUAGAAUUUGUAUAUACUGGUGUUAGUGUUUCACUUCCUCAUGUCUUCUGUGUAGAAUAUAAGGCCAAAUUACAUGUUGGAUAUUAUAUAUAUAUAUAUAUAUAUAUAUAUAUAUAUAUAUAUAUAUAUAUAUAUAUAUAUAUAUCAAAAUGUGCGGGGGUCAAUGAUGGACUGCUCGAGUUGACUCAUAUUUGUAAUAGACUUUCAAUUAGUUGAAGCCUGUUACGCAUUUCUUGUCAAA